CAGGAAUCCUGGAGGAGAAAAGAAAGAAAAGCCAGCAGCACUUUAACUGUGACACCGGGGCAGCCUCGCCCUCCUGCACGCGGACAUGCGCUGGACAAGUGAAGUGAAAGCGGAGUGUUGCGCCGUGAACGCGACUGAAAGCGGAUCUCUGUUGUCCGGCGAUGAGGGCGCGCCGGUGGAAGUUUUGGAUGAGGACGCGUCCUCGCUGCAGGCGAUGGCAUCUGCACCUCUGUUAGGCAGAGCUGUGUGUGCGAGCUGCGACGCAGAAAUUGUGGACAAAUAUUUAUUAAAGGUCAACGACCUGUGCUGGCAUGCGCGCUGCCUCUCCUGCAGCGUGUGCCAAACCUCGCUCGGCAGCCACACGAGCUGCUACAUCAAAGAGAAAGAGGUUUUCUGUAAACUGGAUUACUUUAGAAGAUACGGCACCUGGUGCGCGUGCUGCGGCCGGAACAUCCACUCCACAGACUGGGUCCGCCGGGCGAAGGGCAACGUGUACCACCUGGCCUGCUUCGCCUGCUUCUCGUGCAAGAGGCAGCUGUCCACCGGGGAGGAGUUCGCUCUGGUGGAGGAGAAGGUGCUCUGCAGGGUCCACUACGACUGCAUGCUGGACAACCUCAAGCGGGCCGUGGAGAAGGGAAACAAUGUUAACAUGGAGGGGGCUGUGCCCACCGAACAGGAGAUUAACCAGCCAAAACCCUCCAAGAGAGCACGGACCAGCUUCACUGCCGAUCAGCUGCAGGUGAUGCAGGGCCAGUUUGCUCAGGACAACAAUCCAGAUGCCCAAACGCUGCAGAAGCUGGCGGAGCAGACGGGCCUCAGUCGAAGAGUCAUACAGGUCUGGUUCCAAAACUGCAGAGCACGCCACAAGAAGCACGUGAGCCCCAACCACACCUCCAGCACCCCCAUGACCUCACUGCAGUCCAGCCGGCUCUCCCAGCCCACCCUGACCCCCGAAGAGCUGCAGUACACAGCGUACGGAGGCCCGGAGGGAUCAAUGCUCUCUGCACUACACUCCUUCAUAGACAUACACUCCCCUCCAUCCAUGUUUCAACCGUUGCUGCCGGCCCACGCCAUGACCUCCCUGCCUGUGUCUCACGCCUGAGCUGCUCUCUCUUACACACACACACACACACACACACACACACACACACACACACACACACACACACACACACACACACACACACAAACACACGCACAAAUACGCACAUGCAGCAGCCUCAGUCAUCCACCAGCAGUCGGUCGUCGUUAGCGGCUACAGUAUUCAGAUCUUCAUGGUAAAUAUGAAUUCAUUUUAAGUGAACCAUAAAGCGUUUCCUUUUCUUGAACUGCCAGUAAUUCAUUACAUGUCGACAUUCUUUGAAAAACACUUGGUUGAGCAUAUUAUGGAUGACUAUAAUUUGUACUGUAUAAUGUGAAAAUGGAAAGGUUUCAGUGUACAUCAUUGGAUUGUGACAUGACAUCAUAGAUUUAUAUUUGUUUAUGUAGUUGGAGACACAGUUUGACCGUGAAAGCCACCAAAAAUGACCCCAAAAAGGUCAAAUCAUUAUG